UAUAUGUCAUAACCCAAGGGAUAGACAAGCACAUUUAAGAUCCUACCGUACCAUUUCAUCCACGUUUUGGAUUGUAAUACGAACGUGACUAGAGUUGAGGUUGGGCCACAGACCUUUAUUCGUCAAGAUCAUGAAUAAGUAAGAAACAAAUAACAACAAAGGUAACAUCUGGACAACAACCCUAAAAAAUGAUUGUGUUGCCAAAACAACAUUAUUGUAUAAUUGAAAACCCCAUAGUGAAGGAUAAGGAUGGUUAACCUGCAAAAGAUAGAUAUUGGUAAAGCUCAUGAUCAUCCAUUUAGUCAAUUUGUUGUUCUCCAUGGCGAACGCGAGAUUCGUUUCUUCGAUUAGUAUAGCACUCCAUUCCCUCUGUAUCCAAAGGAAAACUUGAUAUAACAGCCCACAAAAUUGACUGUCGUGAAAGAAGGAAGUGCUUUGAAGAUUGAGGCACAACGGAAUUUUAAAAGAGGAGAAAAUGAAAUGUAUCUUUUUUCUUAAUAUCAUAACACAGUUUGGCUGGUGAUCAGUACCUAUUCAAGGGCCCAGCAACCUAUUACCCAAGAAUAGAAGAGAAAAUACUUGGCCAAAUUGAUUCCAUUCUCAUAAAAGAGAAUUAAGCAAUUCUGAUUCGAGCAAGACAAGAGGAGACUGAUUCCAAUGGAGUAGUCAGAAAAUCAGGAGAGCAAUGGUUGAUUAGAACUCCUGGAUACUAUCUUCCUCAGGUUUACGAAGAGUUCGUCAAGAUAAUUGAUGCUGAAAUUUUGGAUAAUCGAAAGGCAUUACAUUUAAAAGCAAUUCAGACUUUCAAAGAUGUUUAUUGUAAUGAAAUGUGUUAAUUCCUUAAUAGCUGUGGAGAGAAAGGCAGGAGAGGAGUACCUGAUAACAGCUGAACAGACAUCAGCACACAUUGUGGAUGUGUUCGAAGAAUUAGUUACAGUUAUAAAUUUGACUGUCUUAGAUCCAAGACAAUAUUGUAUAAUAGAAAAUCCAUUUGACUUUGAAACCCAAAGGAACAAAUUUGGAUCCAAAGUGCUUAUUGAAGGUCCAAGAAGUUUCUUCCUUAGACCCAAUGAAUCCUUGCAAAAUGGAAUUCAAGAUUCCUACAUCUUAUCAGAGGAUCAAGCCUUGCUUUUGAGAGCAAAGGAAAAAUGUAAAUUCACUGAAAAGAAGUUGGCUAAGAACAAUCAAUUUGAAGACGUUGAAGUAGAGUAUGAGCCAGGUAAUAAAUGGAUGAUCCAUGGUCCAUGCAUCUACACCCCACCCAUUGUAGUGGAAGUGAUUGAAAAGAGAGAGAGAAUUCCUCUGGACAAGAAUGAAGGAGUGUAUGUUAGAGACACAAGAACAGGUUAAGUGAGAACUGUCUUUGGUGAAUCAUACAUGUUGAAAUCCCAUGAGGAAUUAUGGUCUAUGGAAUUGCCAAACAACGUUGAAUAAUUGUUGUCAUCUCAAUAUUUCCAUACAGGUGGAAAGAGAGACAAAUGGAAGGUUGUUAGUUACAGAGCUCCAUUCAAUACAGCAGUGUAAGUCUAUGACUACAAGACCAAGAAGACAAGAAUUGUGUUUGGUCCUGCUUUGGUAAGCUUAGAACCAGAUGAAGUAUUUACUCAAUUAUCAUUAUCUGGUAAAACACCAAAGACUCCAGGUGUUGUCAAUACAUUACACGUUAUGAUGGGUCCAGAAUUCUCCACUGAUGAAAUCACUGUUGAAACAUCUGAUCAUGCUGUCCUGAAAUUGCUCUUAGCUUACAAUUGGAGAUUUAAGGUUGAUGAAAAUAAUAUUGAAUCUGCCUCCAAGAUCUUUGCAGUCAAAGACUUCAUUGGAGAUCUGUGUAAUCAAAUGGCUUCUAAAGUCAGAGCUGCUGUUGCAUCUGUUGUCUUCGAUAAAUUCCAUAAGACCUCUGCAAAACUCAUUAGAACUGCCAUCUUUGGUAUUGAUGAAAAUGGUAAAAUCAGAAAGGAAUAUCUCAUGGUGAAGAAUAAUCUUGUUAUUACCAAUGUAGAUAUCAAAACAGUCGAACCAGUAGACAACCAAACUAGAUAGAGUCUUCAAAGAUCUGUUUCUUUGGCUAUUGAAAUAUCAACCAAGAAAUAGGAAUAGGCUGCUUAACACGUUGCUGAAUAACAAGAACAAUAAGCUUAGGGUGAAUUGGAUUAAUUGAGAAUCGAAGACGAUCUCAAAGCAGAAGCUGCUAAAUAGAAAUUGCUUGAAAUGGAAAACAAAUCACAAGAAGUUACACAAUAAGGAUCUGCCAUUGCAGAUGCUGAAGCCAUCGCCAAGGCUGAACAAAUCAAAGCACAAAAGGAAUAUGAGUUAGCCUAAUUGAGAGCAAGAGCCAAUAAAAUUGAAAAGGAAGCUGCAUUGAAACAAAAAUAAAAGGAACAAGAUCAAAACAUCAAGUAUGAAUAAGAGAAGGCUGAACUUGAAAUCAGAAGAGCCAAGGAACUAGCUACAAUUGAAUCCAAUAAGUUUGAGCAAAUCAUCGAAGCCCUAGGACAAGAUACUCUCAUUGCCAUGGCCAAUGCAGGACCAGAAAUGCAAGCUGAGUUACUUAAGGGAUUGGGAUUGUAAGGUUACAUCUUCACCGAUGGAAACAACCCUAUUAACUUAUUCAACGGAGCCCAACAAUUAAUCGGAGGAGCAUUGCCAUAAUGAUAUUAUACAUAAAUCAUUAAAAA